CCCCUCCAACAUGCCGGGCCGUGUGAUGUCAGUGGUCUUGUGCCGACCGACAGUUUCCGGCGAUAUUGUUCCAAUUGCAAUGGGAAAUUGUGAAAAUAUGGACGAGGCAACGAAAUUUAACGACGUAAAGCCGCCAAAUGAUAGUGACGUCAUCCGCCUCGUAAAAUCGCGUGUACGGACGUAUUUUAAUAACGAUGGAGUCAUUGAGCUCGAUGGAGGAUAUCACCUAUAUUUCGUCGUUGUCAUCGAAACAUUCUCCAAUAUGGUCUACUGUUGUGUGGGAGAAGCCGGAAUGGGAAUCGAGGAGGCUCUGGAAUUUUUGAACUCAAAAAUUCGAUCAAUAAUGGAUUAUUCGAAUAUUCAAAUGGUCAUCGCGCAGUCGAAUGCCUACGAUUUGCUGGGACAUUUACAACCGGAUAUUUUGAAAUUUAUUGUGAGUUUUUCCGUAUUUUUUCAUCUAAAUUUGGAUUUUUUUUUGCAGAAACAGCACAACGAGACGUUCCCCACGGCGCAACAGCAGCGAAUGAUUGAUAUUCGCCGGCAAGUUGACGAUGUUCGGCAGGUGAUGGCGGACAAUGUCGAGCGAAUUAUGGAGCGCGGGGAGCGUCUGGAGAAUAUGGAAAAUCGAACGGAAGCGCUGAGAACCUCGGCAACAUCAUUCAAAUCCACUGCCCGCCGUGUCCAACGUCAUUUCUGCCAGAAAAACCUGAAAUGGACCCUAAUUCUUCUGCUCGUCGUCACCAUCAUCGUCGCCGCCAUUGUGCUCACAAUUUUGCACAAAAAUGGUGUUAUAUGAGUGUGUGAAAAGUAUCGAUUUCCUCUUUGAUUUCCAUUUUUCUACGAGUUUUUGCUGAUGUUUUAACUUUUUUUUUUUUUGAUUUUUUUGUCAAACCGUCAAAACUAAUGUUCAAUUCACCCCUGUUGAUGUGCUUCUGUAUUUUCCUGUUUUUUUUUUCGCCAUUUUUUUGUACUUAUUUUGCCAUUUUUCACUAUAAACUUGUAUUU